GACUGCCCAUGUGGCGAAGAAUUGCAGACUCGAGAACAUAUCUUAAGGGCAUGUCCAAAAUAUGAAGACUUCCGGUAUAUUUUACGGAAAGCAUCGGAGGAUAUAUGCCUGAAAGACAUACUCGGGACCAGUGAAGGCAUCGAAGCCCUGACUGAGUUUCUGAAAGAAAGCGGUGCCUUCACUGUGACAGGCAAACCGCGGUCC